AACCCUAACUUCAACUGCUUAUCUCUCUUACAUCUCUUGUCAUAAUAGUAACUAUACAUGUCCUUACAUAUGGCGGCAAAACGAUUUCUUGAUGAACCAGGUUCAGACCCAACCGAUCAUAAACGACCCAGAACUAGACCGUCUUUUGCCUCAGUGAUUAGUGAAGCUCUUAUGGUGAAUUCCGCACAGAAUUUCUGCUCGAUCUUGGAGCCAAUGCUUAGAAGAGUGGUGAAUGAAGAAAUGGAGAGUAGUCUAAAUCGGUUACGCGCACGCUCUUUCACUCGCUCUCCUUCGCUACGAAUCCAGGCCCCGGAACCAUCGCCAUCAAGAUUACAACUUAUCUUCAAGGAGAAACUUAUGCUACCGAUAUUUACCGGAAGCAAAAUCGUCGACGUUAAUGGCAACUCUCUUCAAAUUCAACUAGUAGACACAACUGAGGAUGGUGCAAAGAUCCCAACAUCUCUUACUCAUCCAGUAAAAGUAGAAGUUGUAGUUCUUGAUGGAGAUUUCCCUUCGGAUGAUAGGGCCACGUGGACUAGUGAAGAGUUUGACAAUAAAAUCGUGAAGGAACGAACCGGAAAAAGGCCGUUGCUGGCCGGAGAUUGCUUGACAGUCACGCUAAGAGAUGGAAUUGCCGGAAUUGGAGAUGUUGAGUUUACGGAUAAUUCGAGCUGGAUUCGGGGCAGAAAAUUUCGAGUUGGUGCUCGAGUUGUUCUUGGUAGCUCUCAAGGUGUUAUUAUUCGUGAAGCAAUGAGUGAUGCUUUUGUUGUUAAGGAUCAUCGUGGAGAAUUGUACAAGAAACAUUAUCCACCAAUGUUGAACGAUGAAGUUUGGCGCCUUGAGAAGAUUGGGAAAGAUGGAGCUUUUCACAAGAAACUAUCUGCUGCAAACAUUAAAAAUGUUCAAGAUUUUUUGAAAUUGUCCAUUGUUGACAAAGCCAAGCUUAGGACGAUUUUAGGAAAUGGGAUGUCUGAAAAAAUGUGGGAAGUAACAAUAAAGCAUGCAAGGACAUGUGAGAUGGGCAACAAACAUUAUGUUUUUCAGGGACAUAAUUGCACUGUCACAUUAAACCCUAUUUGUCAAAUGAUUAGUGCUAUUAUUGGUGGCCAAACUUACACUACUCAAGAUCUUCCAACCAUUAAUAGGAGCUAUAUUGAAAAUUUGGUAAGACAAGCAUAUGCAAAGUGGAGCUCCUUACAAGAGAUUAUUGCAGUUUCAAGUGACAUUCCUUUGCUUAAACAAGGUGAGAACCUAGUGGAUCAAUACUCUAAUGAUCAUCAUCAAGCAAUGGUGAAAACAUAUCAACAAAUUGAUUAUUCAAGUGAGAGAUAUUGUGAGAUGGGCGAUGACCAUAUCAACAAUACUAAUGCACAUAUGGGAUACAUCAAUUGGCAUCAUGGUUCACCGAUUAGUCCCGACAUCCGAUAUACCAUCUCCGGGCCAUCAUCGGAUGGUGGCGUAUUGACUCCCAGGUCCAAUUACAUGAAUGGAAACUGAUCGUAUGAUAACAUAAAUGUACAUAUUAAAGAAGAAUAUGAUUUAGCAUGGCAUGCUGAAAUUAAUGUUAUGGCAGUGUCAUUGCUAAUUAGUGUUGUGUUUUGCUAUAUUAAUGUAUUAAUAAUAGAAUUUAGGUAUAAGAAGAUGAUAUUAUGUAUGUAGUGGGUUUUUUUACAACAGGGUGGCAUUUGUAUGCCUUUUGGCUUAGGCUAGUCUUUAACCUGUUGGUUCCUUCUGCCCUUUUUCUAUAAUGAUAAAUAUAAUUAAUAUGAAAGUA